AUGACUGUAUUCAUCCAACUUAGACAUCUUUCAGGCAGAAGAAUAGUUUAUCCACGUUACAAUUUUUUGAAAUUAAACAGACAAAGUCCUUGGAAACAUGACACCAAUCUGAGAUAUGCCAUGAGGCAAUUCCUUGGUCCAAAAAACUAUAAAGGUGAAUAUCCACUAAACAGAUAUGCCUCUCCUGCUACAAACCACACACCUAAAUAUAUCCAGCCAGAUUUGGAACGUGGUAGACCCUUGAGAGACCCAACCACUGGAGAAAUCUUGGAACCAAAGACCUGGAUUGACUCUAAUGGUUACGAACAACUAAAAUUUGAACCCAUUUCUAAUGAGAACGAGUCCACUAAGUUCAGUCAUACUAGCAACAACCGUUGGAGACAACCUUUCCCUGAAAAUAAAUUCUGUUUGACGAAUUAUUGGGUAGAUUCAAACCUAAAAAAGCAGAUCUUUGAAGAUCUAAAUGUAACUGGUCUCUCCACACAAGAAGUGUCGCAAAAAUAUGGGUUAAAAGUAGCCCGUGUGGAAGCAUUAUCUAAACUCUACCAAUUGGAAGAACAAAGAGAACAGAGAAAGUUGAAAAGUAAAAAAAUUAAUACCGAUGUAGAUAAAAUGGCCACUACAAUGGAACAAAUGUUCCCUCUAUUUAACCUACCAACCUCAACUGAGUCACCAGAUAAUGGUUCAAGUUAUCAAAACAUCAUCAAUUCAAGACGAGAAAACUUAUCUGAGAUUCCAAUCCCAUCUAACGCAAAGAAAUCCAGAUUUAUUACAUUGGCUGAAUCAGAACCAUUUGGUCCGUUGGAUGCAGCAGCAGUAUUAGAUUUAGAACCUGCCGUCAAGACGUUAGAAAGAUUGGCCACAGAAGGUGAACAUUCUGCUAAUCAUAGCAAUUCACAAAAUAAAAAACUGCAUAAGACAAGAAUCGUCUAUGGUCCUGUCUUAGCUGGUGAAAGAUCACAAUUUAAAGUCACUGACGUUCCUGCCUACAAAUAUGCUUACCGUUAUGGUAGUGGAAACCGUGAUAAUAAAAAGGAUCGUCGUAUAGAAUUUGAUGAGAAUGGUAGAAUGAUAUAUGUUUAA